UUCGUAUGUCACGAAUCAACGUUUCUGUUAUUAAAAAAGGGGCAUCAUUCGAUAUUCUGUCAAUUGCUUGCUUAACUUCGUACAAGUUGUGCCGGAAAUAAUGAUAAUCUAUAACCUCAUACUACUGAUUCUUGUUUCAUUUUGUGCCACAGCACAAGCUGAAACAUGUGACGUUGGCGUUGAUGGUUGCUCAUGGACUUGCAAAAAAGUACCACCGCCACCUGGACAAAUGUCGUGUAUGGCAAUACCAGCAACGCCACAAUCUUGCGAGAUUGGUUCCAGUGAAACCUCAUGCGGAACGACCUGCACAUGCUCCAAAGCUGAUGAGACAUGCAAAGUUGGAGAGAAUGGCUGCUCGUGGAAUUGCGAAAAGGAUCCACUCGAAACUGGACAAAUUACAUGUCUUGCAAUUCCAGCAACACCCGAAAAUUGUGUUGUUGGUUCCAGUGAAUCGUCAUGCGGAACGACCUGCACAUGCUCCAAAGCUGAAACAUGCAAAGUUGGAGAGAAUGGCUGCUCGUGGAAUUGCGAAAGGGAUCAACUCGAACCUGGACAAAUGACGUGUCUGGCUAUUCCAGCAGCACCCGAAAAUUGUGUUGUUGGUUCCAGUGAAUCGUCAUGCGGAACGACAUGCGCAUGUUGUAAAUCUUAAGAUUAAGAGGAACUCACGAUGCUGGUGAGACAUAUUGUCACGUUGUAGAUAAGUAGAAGAACGUGUACAUGUAAGUAUGGUGUUUAUGCAAUAAAGUGACUUUAUUACUCAAA